AUGAAUGAAGAGGAUGGUAGAACCCUUGAAGCUGCUGCUGGGAAAGGCAGAGACAUGAAAAGAGGACUUCUGAAGAACACCAGCCGCGUAACCUGCUUUCAAGGCAAUCUUUCAGUCUCUCUAGAAGCCCAGUGCCCCAGGCUCCUCCCUCCUCCUUUUGGCUUCUACAACUUGGAGAAAGGCUCAGGCUGCUCCCCAGGCUCAGUGGUUGUUUUCUCCUGCCAAGUGGGUUAUCAGCUCAUAGGAAGCAGAACAAUGAUUUGCCUCUUGGGGGACAAUGGUACAAUUUGGAGUCAUCCUGAACCCCAGUGUGAGGAGGGGAUCCCCAAGUCGCCUAAUCAUGGCUCCCAAGGGGCAGUGACUGUCUCUCUCAUCAGUGGUGCCAUCAUCUUCACCGUCUGCAUCUCUUUUAUCAUAUGCUGCCUGCGAGAGAAGGGGCUGAGGAGCAGCUCUAUGACCACUCAGGCCAUGUAUCACCAAGGCAGGAUGUCUAACAUAGGAAGAAGAGUUGAUUCGACUGACCAGGUGCCACAGAGACACAAGGGGGCUGAUGGGAAGGACCAGAGACAGAGGGAGAGCCUUCCUACUCAACUAAGCCCCAUUGAUCCUGGCACCCUUACAAUCUGUGACAACUGGGGCUUCCAGAGGAAAUCGAGGCCAAAGAAGUUAAAAGAAAUUACCCAAGAUCCUACACUGUCAGUGGCAGAGGAGAACAGAAGUGCCAUGAAGAGAAUGGGACUAUGAGAGAAGGAAUUCUUUACCACCAUUUAGAAAAAAAAAAUCUGAAAAAUUUACUGCAAACACCAAAAACACAACCCGUCCUUCCUCCCAACACACAUACAUACAUAGAUGCAGCAGAAAAAAAAAAUUUGGCACAACUAAACAGAAAAGUUUAAAGAAAAAAAAUUUGGUAAUUUUGCUUGGUAGAGGCAAUAUAAUUUAUCAGCAGAAAAGAUUAACAGUCAAGUUCAUCCUUAACAAAGUUCUGGUACUACUAUUGCUAUGCCAAACAGAAAGAAAGCUUUAAUUGGUUAACUCUGAGGUGAUCUAUCUAUAGUUCGCAAUCCAUGAGCAACCUCUCUUAUAAGCCCAAUGCACUUGAAAUACCUUACUUCUCACACUGAUUUCAUCCUUAUCAUUUUUUUUUCUUCUACCUUUAAAAAUCCACCCAGGUCUCAAAGUAAUGGCAAAGUCAUCAUGAGCCUAACCCCUUUUUCCAGCUAGUAUUUCCCUCCCCUUUUUUUGGUGGACCAACUUUUUAAAUGGAUAAAAUCUGUA